CAGAGAGAUUACGGGGGAAAUGUAACACUUUAAAAAAUCUUCUCGGUCUUUUCAUAUUCUAAAUGUCUAAAAAGCGAAAUACUUAUCAUGUAAAUGAGGUUGGAGGUGGAGGCGUUAUUUCACGUUGUAAUCGUCCUGAAUAACUUGUAGCGAGCGAGGCGGUUUCGGGUCGACUUUGCAGUUGCGUCACUGUGGUGCGAGAAGGAACUUUGGAGAUAGCAAGAGGACAGACGUUAGUAGCAGGAGCCAAAUGAUACCGUGGAAAAGAGAGGUAGCCGUUUAGCGCUCCGGGAACUUUUUUUCAUGCUGCACAAACCACGAGGUCUAUGUGGUUGGUGACAUCAGAUAAAUAAGCCAUUUAAGGUGCAGCAGUUGAAGUAGAGCCAUGCGUUGAUGAACAGCGUAUUGAGGAGAGCAGGGCAUGGCCGGUAAGCCGUUCCGGGCCACCUUCAUCUGGAGCAGCAUCAUCGCCAACCUCCAGCAGCGCGUCCAGGUCAAGCGCCACCGUCAUAAGCUCAAGACCUACCAUGACUGUUUCCUGGGGUCAGAGGCUGUGGACGUGGUGCUGGCCCAUGUCAUCCAGUCCCGGUUCUGUGGUGAUGCUGAGGUGCCUCGCUCCAAGGCCGUACGCCUCUGCCAGACCCUGAUGGACUCGCGGGUGUUCGAGGCGGUGGGCACCAACGUAUUUGGGAAUAAGGAGAAGGGGCGUGCCAUCUUCGAGGACAGUAGCUAUAGUCUGUACCGGUUGCUUCCGUCUAGUCCCACUACCAUGACCAGCUCGCACUCGACGAGCACCAUCACCAUCGAGAGUGGAUACGACUCGCCGAGCAAACACCGGAACAGCUACAGCCCACCUCUCAAACGUAAAGAGGACCAGUACUCCAACAACCACUCUCCGGUCAAAACAGACAAAUCACUAGAGGACGUGUUGGGGAACCUCAACCUCACCUCAACCAUCACCCCACAGAUGAUCAACCUCGGCCUCUCACAGGAGUUGGUGGACGAGGUGUGGCGCCAGCAGACAGUGUUCAGGCUGCUACAGCUGAUAGAGCUCCCCCUUCUGGAGAGUCUGUUGGAGGGAGAGGAGCGGCCCAGGCCCCCUCUACACAGCAUGGACAGUGACCCAGACCUGCUCUACACAUCCAGCUACCUGGACAGAGAGGUCCUGAAGGCCUUCAGCGAAGCACAGGCUGAUGAGUGGUUGUCGGCGGCGGUGGACUGUCUGGAGUUCCUGCCAGAUGACUUGGUGGUUGAGGUGAGCAGGGGUCUGCCCCGCUGCGGUGAGGACCAGGGCCAGUGUAAGAGACUGGUGUAUGGGAUCCUGGUCCAGCACUACGGAGAGACACAGCACCCUCCACUACUCAGCAACCACGUCUUCGACAUCCACUCCAGCAUCUCUGAACUACUGGUGAAUGGGAAGAGGGAGCAGGCUCUGGAGGCCCUACAGCUGUGUCUGAAACUACAGGACUCUCGCAGUAAAGAGGAACUACGCAGACUUCUGCGAUUCAUGGCUGUCGCUGCCAAACCACAGGAGGUCAAACUGCACAAAGAGGUAGAGAACAGGAUGGCGGUGAAGAGAUCUUUCUCUAGUGCCAUCGUCUACAGCAUGAGACUGGCCAAGGGGAAGGUUGACCUACUGGUGCUGUUUAUGGUGGAAAACCACGGUGACGUCUUCAAGAUUCCAGUGUCGUUGCACAAACUUGUGAGCGAUAGACUGACCAACAUUGUGAAGGGGAAAGACCCACAAGUCGUAACAGUCUCUACAUACUGCAGGCGAGUCAAUAGAAAAGCGUACGUGGAGAGCAAACAGAAGACUACCAAAGAGGAACUAUGGGCUCUACUGAAGACAAUCCACGAGAACCCCAAACUGUCCAGCAAAGAGAAGAGACGCUUGCUAGGACAGUUCUACAAGGGGCAUCCUGAGAUCUUUGUACAGUACUUUGGAAGCAGAUUGUCAAGUGAUGAUCUGUAGCUAACUAGGGUGAUAUUUAAGUGAAUAACUAAUGUAUUAUUUGUAAAAAUAAAAGACAGACAGACAAAGGUGAUGUAAAUGUUGUAGAAAUGCAGUGUACAAAUAGAUUUUAUUUACUUCACUCAUGUGAAGAGUUGAAUGUGAAAGCUUGAAUAAAAUGUGAGAAUUGUUUUAUAA